AUGCACUCAAACUUCCCUGACAACCAACCCCCAGACCACUUCUCUCAGUUCACACUUUCCUCAUCAACCAUUUUUCAAGAAAACCCAAAGCCCUACAUUCUCAAGAAAUGCAUUGCUCUCUUGCUAACAUGUGCGUCCUCCAAAUACAAACUCAAGCAAAUCCAUUCCUUCUCCAUCAGACAUGGUGUCCCCUUAAACAACCCCGACUUGGGCAAACACUUGAUCUUCAAACUCGUAUCCCUCUCAGCACCAAUGUCAUAUGCCCACAAUAUAUUUUUUCAAAUCCAAAACCCAAAUGUUUUCACUUGGAAUACAAUGAUUAGAGGCUAUGCUGAGAGUGAAAACCCAAGUCCGGCCAUUGAUAUACACCAAGAAAUGCAUGGGAAUUCCAUCGAACCUGAUACACAUACAUACCCGUUUCUUCUAAAAGCCAUUGCUAAGCUAAUGGCUGUUAGAGAGGGUGAGAAGAUACAUUGCAUUACUUUAAGAAAUGGGUUUGAGUCAUUGAGUUUUGUGCAAAACACUUUGGUACAUGUGUAUGGUGCUUGUGGCCAUGCUGAAAGUGCAUACAAGUUGUUUGAGUUAAUGCCUGAGAGAAGUCUUGUGGCUUGGAAUUCUGUGAUUAAUGGGUUUGCUGUUAAUGGGAGGCCCAAUGAGACUUUGACCCUGUACCGGAAUAUGGGUUUGGAGGGUGUUCAACCUGAUGGGUUUACACUAGUUAGCUUGUUAACUGCUUGCGCUGAGCUUGGGGCGUUGGCAUUGGGUAGGAGGGCACAUGUGUACAUGUUGAAGUUGGGAUUGAAUGAGAAUUUGCAUGCUGCCAAUGCCCUUUUGGACCUGUAUGCGAAGUGUGGAAACAUUAGGGAGGCACAAAAGGUUUUUGAUGAAAUGGAGGACAGGAGUGUGGUGUCUUGGACUUCUUUGACUGUUGGAUUGGCUGUCAAUGGGUUUGGUAAGGAGGCACUUGAACUUUUCAGGGAGUUGGAGAGACAAGGGUUGGUUCCUACUGAAAUCACUUUUGUUGGGGUAUUGUAUGCUUGUAGUCAUUGUGGGAUGGUGGAUGAAGGGUUUGCUUACUUUGAAAGGAUGAAAGAGGAAUUUGGCAUUGUGCCUAAGAUUGAACAUUAUGGUUGCAUGGUUGACUUGUUGGGUAGAGCAGGCUUGGUGAAACGAGCAUAUGAGUUUGUUCAGAGCAUGCCAUUGCAGCCAAAUGCUGUGAUUUGGAGGACCUUACUAGGAGCAUGCACAAUACAUGGCCAUUUGGCUCUAGGGGAGGUUGCAAGAGCUCAACUUCAAAGAUUAGAGCCUAAGCAUAGUGGGGAUUUUGUUCUCCUUUCCAAUCUCUAUGCGUCUGAGAGACGUUGGCCAGAUGUGCAAAAUGUGAGAAGGACAAUGCUGAACGAAGGGGUAAGAAAAUUUCCAGGACAUAGCCUUGUUGAGUUAGGAAAUUGUAUGUAUGAAUUUGUCAUGGGAGAUAGAUCUCAUACUCAAAGUGAGGAUAUAUAUGCAAUGCUAGCAGAGAUGACAAGAUUGUUGAAAUUGGAAGGUUAUGUGCCUCAUACAUCAAAUGUGCUUGCAGACAUUGAGGAAGAGGAGAAGGAAACUGCUUUGACUUAUCAUAGUGAGAAGAUUGCAAUCGCAUUCAUGCUUAUCAAUACACCACCUGGGACCAAAAUCAGAGUUGUGAAGAACUUGAGGGUGUGUGCGGAUUGCCACAUUGCAAUAAAACUCAUAUCGAAGGUUUUUGACCGAGAGAUUGUCGUGAGAGAUCGUAGUCGGUUUCACCAUUUUAGAGAUGGAACUUGUUCUUGUCGAGAUUAUUG